UGAGAGGUUUAGCAAGAAACAGGAAAACCGCUAUGAGAACACAUUCCAGGCAGAGCAGACCCUGUACGGGACAAUAAAGGGUGGGACACAGCUGUGUACACUAUUUAAAAUUCUCUAAUCUCGCCUUUAGAUCGGGACUACAGACAACAACACAAAACUUUCUUGCUUAAUGGGAGAGGACUUACAGAGAGGCUUCGCUUGUGGGGUUCACAAAGCGGAAGGAGUCUGGUCUGGUUCCAAACCGACGACGAUGUUGUCGGUUUAUCAGCGCAGAUUUGGACGGAGAUGAGAUAGGCUGCUGAGCUGUUUGUCGUCCCGCCAGGACACAGCUGCCAGCUCCUUUUUUUAUGCUUUCACUUUUCCACACGUUAGAGGUGUUACUUGUUGUUAACGAGUUGGCUGUUUUAAGUUUUAAACCAAAUAGAAGGAAAAAACUGAGGACGAACUUUUCCCAGAAGCGGUGGUCGGUCGUUACCGAAGCAGGAAAGGAUGUGAACAUCUGCAACUGAGUCGCUGAGACGAAAACGAUUUAGUACACUCUCAAAAUUGAACCCGCUGUCUUUUAAACGUUUCUCCCGGCGUUACUUAUUCUGACUUGAGAUACGUUGGUCACGGAGGGUCACCUGAAGCUCGUUUUGAUAUGGGAGACGUGCGGCGUUUGCGGCUGUCAAGUUAAAAGGAGAAACAAGCGAUGGGAAGCUCUGCUCUGCUCACAGUGGUGCUAGUUGGGGCAUUUCUGUGGAUCUCUGCUAUCAAUGCAGAUUCUGAAGACAAAGGGAAGCUCCUGUGUACAUGCGAGAAUAACAAAGGGACAUGCGUGAACGGGACUUGCAAAGGAGACAUCUGCUUCUACACUUGGGUGCACGGCAAUGAGGAGAGAGGCUGUUUCUUUGCAUCUUAUUACAGGGAGCAGUGCUUCACCUCCUUCGAGCGCUUCUUUAUCUACUGCUGCAAAGACAACCUAUGCAACACCUUCACCACACGACCUCCAUACAUUGACCCGACAACAACACCCCCAGAGCUCAACCGUCCCGAGCUGUGGAUCACGUUGUCCUUGCUGCUGUUAAUCACGACUGCCAGCGUGUGUGGCCUGGUACUGUUCCUGCGCUUCCGACGUGCCCAUGGCAUACUAAGAAACAUUGAAGACCAUGACGUCACCAUGCUUAAGGUCCCUAAUGGAGAGGAGCCCACAUAUGGCGAUAUCUUUGAUGAGUUUUGCACUUCAGGAAGUGGGACAGGGCUACCCUAUUUGGUCCAGAGGACUAUGGCCAGACAAAUCUCACUUGUCCAGUGUGUUGGUAAAGGCAGGUAUGGGGAGGUGUGGAGAGGGACUUGGAUGGGGGAGAGUGUGGCUGUGAAGAUCUUUUCCUCGAGGGAUGAGCAGUCCUGGUUCAGAGAGACGGAGAUCUACAACACUGUACAGCUGCGACAUGACAACAUACUGGGUUUCAUAGCCUCUGACAUGACAUCCAAGAAUUCCAGCACCCAGCUGUGGCUCGUCACCCACUUCCAUGAGCUGGGUUCGCUGUACGACUUCCUGCAGUACAGCAGCUUGGAGCCUGAGAGCUGCCUGAGGAUGUGCCUGUCUGUGGCCUGUGGCCUUGUCCACCUUCACACUGAGAUCGUCAGCUCUCAGGAAAAGCCAGCUAUCGCCCACCGAGACCUGAAAAGCCGUAACAUUCUGGUAAAGCGAAACGGACAGUGCUGCAUCGCUGACUUGGGUUUGGCUGUGAUACACUCUCAGUCCCACGACUACCUUGAUGUUGGCAAUAACCCCCGUGUGGGGACUAAACGCUACAUGGCCCCUGAAGUGCUGGAUGAGACGAUUCGUACAGAUGUCUUUGAGUCCUACAAGCAGACUGACAUCUGGGCUCUUGGCCUGGUCUUCUGGGAAAUUACCCGCAGGACCAUCGUCAAUGGUAAAAAGAAUACCCGCCCUCCCUUCUUUGACCUGGUGCCCUUAGAUCCCAGCUUUGAGGAGAUGAAGAAGGUGGUGUGUGUGGACCAGCAGAGGCCCAGUCUGCACAACAGGCUCCAUUCCCACCCUAUCCUAACAGCCAUUGUAAAGAUCAUGAAGGAGUGUUGGUACCAGAGUCCACCGGCCCGCCUCACUGCCCUGCGGAUAAGAAAGACGCUCUCCAAACUGGACCAUGACAGCGACUUCAGCAUCGAGAAACUCAAGCGGGACAUCUAGACCUGCACACUGGCAUAAAACGGGGACAAAAGAUUGAAAACGCCAGAAGGGAUUGUGCACCACAUUCCAAUAGCACGAGGUGCAUAUCAUUAGCAUAUUUUGAGCUAAUGACUCACACAGUCACUGCAUUAUAUUAAAACCAUAUGACUUUCAGAUGUAGUGUCUAGACUGGCUCCCAAGGUUUUUUUUUUUUCCUAGCCUAGUUUUCAUCUGGUGCGGCAAACUAAAGGGACCAAAAGAAAAACUAUUAGGACCAAAACAUUUAAUCUAGGUAUACUGCUUUGAUACUAAGCUUAUAAAAGGCAUUUCCAAAGCAGGAUAACUAACACUGAACAAUGCAGGGUUUUAUUCAUAGCUGCCUAAAUACCGCCAUCGUCAUGCUAGAAGGGAAAUUCUGACAUUACUCAUGAUGUUAUCGAGAAGAGGGGGAGCAUUCUGGACUUAUUCUGAAAUACAGUAAAAUUGCACAAAUGGGUUUUCCCAAAAAUGACCAAAGAAAACACAGAGGCCUUUUUUCCCCAUGAAUACAGGACAUAUGUAAGUAAUAACAUGCUCAUACCAAAGCACAUUACCUGUUGUGUAAGCAUAUUUAACUUAUAUAAGAUGAGCAUUUAUUAUCUGCACAGAGACACAUUGAGCUGUUUAGUUGUACAUAUUCUAAAGGGCUGAAGCUGUAGUAUCACAAUUGGAUUUAUUGUAAAUAUAUUUUAAAGGGGAUAUUAUUUUCUAUUACAUAACAAUGAGACACAUUUUAUAUACAUUUUUUUUUUUUUUACAACACAGCAGUUUCAAAGUAUUUUUUUCUACAUUCCUAUAGGUCAAUAAUGUACCAUCACCAUUUUUUUGGUCAGUAAAGGAAUCCACAAACCGACAUGUAAUGUUGAAUAAAGGAUUGUAUUUUUCAA